AUGGCGUCUCGAGGUGGUCCUGAUGGGCACCUCGAUGCCGGUGCCGGUCGGGAAGUUGUCUUUUGCCACGCCUGCUCUCUCGAAUGGUACCGCGAUGAACAAGGCUUGAUAUGUCCGAGGUGCGAAAGCGACAUCACAGAAAUUGUGAGCCUAGAGAACGACCCGCGCCGAAUGGGCGAUUCGUCAGCCUCGACAUCGCCAAGUCUACCCCCGCUACGACAUGCCGACGACUCUGACCCUGAUGAAGCCGAUAUAGAGGAGCAUUUGGGUCCACAAGGCUUUCGCUUUCGCCAGAGUAUUCGAUCCGAUCCGGACGAGAGCCAUCACGAUCCAUCCAUGGACCCAGUGUUGCGCCGGUUUCAGGACAUGAUCCAGAGCUUCAGUCAACCUCGCCGAAGUGAGCUUAUAAGCCGAUUCAGCCUUCCAGACAAUGCCUCACGUGCAACACCACGAUUCCGACAUACUACAUUCACAUCCAGAGGGGGAACCGCGUCGGUCACGAUAUUUUCUGCCCCGGCCGUGGAAUCUCGCGGUGCCGGCGGUUUUGGCGAGUACGGCGAUGAGUCUACGGAUGCAAACAACUUUGACCCUUUUCAAACCAUCUUUUCUAAUGUCAUCCGGGAUUUGGAUCCGCCAGACGGGCCAGGCGAGGGCGGCGCUCAAAUGGGCCUGGCCAGAAGUCUACGGGAUAUUCUCAAUCACUUUAACCCGGCUAAUGCCACGAUGGGCGAUGUUGUCUACACUCAAGAAGCCCUGGAUCGGAUCGUCACCCAGCUCAUGGAAACAACCUCGCAAUCCAACGGGGCUCCGCAGGCAUCCAACGACGCAAUUGCCAAGCUGGAUCGUAGGACGGUUGACAAGGAUUUUUUCGGCCCCGAAGGCAAGGCUGAAUGUUCCAUUUGCAUUGACACAAUGCAGGAGGGAGAAAUAGCCACAUACCUUCCCUUCUGCCGGACUCCCAUAGAAAAGAAUGAACGAGGACAAGAAAAUAGCCGAAGCGAAAGCGUCACGCGUGCUGGUGGCGCACCCGGACCGAGCAACGCUCAUUCGCGGGGCACCAGCCGACACAACUCGGACCAGUCAAGCGGUGUUGGGCAUAGAUUCGGCAGUGGUUCCGACACGCCCACUGGCAGAGCGGCGGCAGACAUGUUUUCCUCAGUCAACCUUGAUGCUCAAUUCCGGCCGUCAAACCCGAGCGAAGGUAGAUUGAAUGUGGCGCGUCACAAUGUUGCGAGCACACGAGAACGAGACAAUGAUGGGCGGAAUCGAGAAAACAACUCGGAGUGGCGCUUCGACACGUCGCGAACGCAGCGUAGAACGUCGCACUCGCCAUCAAGCCCAAGACCAUUCGAUUUUGCCGAGCAAGCUGCUCGGAGCCUCGGCGACAAUCUGGCCCGUUCGGCUGGCUACGAGGGCAUUUCCCCGGAGGCAAUGGAAGUGGAGGCAACCAAAGGUCGUCUUGAGACCAACGGCAAGUCUUUGAGGAGAUGA